UCAUUUCUCAUUAACGUUGCAACCUAAAGCCUCUCUAAAACCCUAGCUGAUAUGACUUCCUCUUACCCUCUUACCCUCUUACCCUCUUACCCUGUUACUCUUCUCCUUAAUGGUUAUCCGGUCUGACUGGUGAGCCUCAGCCUCUGCAAGACUCAUUCUUGAAUUUGGUCCCUGCGUUCGAUUAUCGAAAUUGAAAGCUACCCAUUACCGCCGCACCAAACUCCAUUGAAGCUAAAUUCAUCUUUUCUGGCGAAUCAGUUAGGUUUUCCUCAUCUCCCUUUACUUGUCUCAACUGUACUAUGCCUGGUCAGCUUCUUCCUCUUCGCCUGCUCAACGUUUCUGUCUCCACCCGCGGUUUAUCCUCCAUGCGACUCGAGCGCGCAACCUUUCAAUCGUGUCACCGAAUAUCCAUUCUUACUCGAGCUUUUCCCUUUAAGUUGAAGUACGCUAUGCAGGGUGACCCAUUUAAAACUCGGAGGUUUUCAAGCCGCUCUUUCAGUCCUCGGAAUGGUGUUAGUUCUUCUGCUCGUCGGGGUUCGGAUUUUUCGCGCAGUCGUGGCGUGGAGAGGGGGAGAUUUCAGGCUGGGAGUAUUGGUGGGAGAGUCGGGCAGGCAAAGAGUCUGGUCGAGGAUGAAGCCGAGCUUAGUGAUUGGGUUAGUGAAUUGAAGACUGAUUCUAUACGUGUUCGGUUGAGCAGUUGUGAGAGUGACGAUGAUGCAGAUAUGGAUAGGAAUAGGGGUAGAGGAGGUAGGGAUAAUGAUAGGGAUACGAGUAGGGGUAGGGAUUCAUUUUCCUCCACGAGAGGUGGGAGAGGCGGGAGAGGUGGAAGAGGUGGAAUUCAGUCUUCAAGGAUGCGGAGAGACGGUGUUUCGGGUGAUUUCGCCACUAGGGAUCGGAGCAGUUCCCGUAGCCUGAUGGGGUCUCGUUCCAAGAGACUAAUUAGUAGUGGAACAGAGGGGGAAGAGGACAAGCGUGAAGAAACUUCUUUCCGGUCACCCACGAAGAACCAAAGAGGUGGGAGAAGCGGAGUUCCGGCUUCAAAGAGGCAGAGAGACAGUUUUUCCGAUGAUUUCCCAGUUAGGAAUCAGAGUAGUUUCCGUGGCCUGACGGGGUCUCGUUCCAAGAGACUAAUUAGUAGUGAAACAGAGGAAGAAGAGGACGAGCGUGAAGAAUUUUAUCCGAGUAAGAGGGACCGUGAAUUUCGAGGGGCUGUUUCUUCUCAAGCAAAAAGAGGUGGAAGAGACUCUAAUUUGAGUUUUGGUAAGGAACGCAGGGAUGCAAACUUGAAGAGUGGGGGAAGAGGUUCAAAGCAAGCUGUUGAAACGUCUGAGGAUGAGGAUGAGGAUGAGGACGAGGACGAGGACGAGGUUGAGGAUUUGAGACACAGUAUUGGAGCAUUACUAAGUGGAGAAGAUAGUGAGGAAGAUGAUGAUAAAGAAGUUAAUGUGCAGACAGUGCCUAGGAGUACAACCGGGAAAACUGACUCUCACCUGAGCCAGACUAGAUUUGAUCAGUGUUCCCUCUCCCCCAUGUCAUUAAAAGGAAUAAAGGAUGCAGGAUAUGAGCGAAUGACUAUGGUGCAGGAGGCAACUCUCCCUGUCAUUUUGAAAGGCAAGGAUGUUCUGGCCAAGGCAAAGACAGGCACAGGCAAAACUGUAGCAUUUCUGCUCCCUGCGAUCGAAGUUGUUGUGAAAUCACCUCCUGUUGAUCGUGAUCAAAAGAGACCCCCAAUCUUUGUGCUUGUUAUAUGCCCAACUCGAGAGCUUGCAAGUCAAGCUGCUGUAGAGGCUAAGACCCUGUUGAAGUAUCACCCUUCAAUUGGUGUACAGGUUGUAAUUGGAGGCACAAGGCUUGCUCUAGAACAGAAACGCAUGCAAGCAAACCCUUGUCAGAUUCUAGUAGCCACUCCUGGAAGGCUAAAAGAUCAUGUUGAGAAUACUGCUGGAUUUGCAACUCGGCUGAUGGGAGUAAAAGUACUCAUCCUUGAUGAAGCUGACCAUCUAUUGGAUAUGGGAUUUCGAAAAGACAUUGAGAGAAUCAUUGGUGCUGUUCCAAAGCAACGCCAAACACUUCUGUUUUCAGCUACUGUCCCAGAAGAGGUCCGUCAAAUCUGUCAUAUUGCAUUAAAAAGAGACCAUGAGUUUAUUAGCACAGUGGAAGAGGGUAGUGAAGAGACGCACUCACAGGUGAGGCAGAUGCGUCUAAUUGCUUCGCUAGACAAACAGUUCUCUCUACUAUAUCUUCUUCUCAAAGAGCAUAUUUCUGAGGAUUCCGAGUAUAAGGUUCUAGUGUUCUGCACAACUGCAAUGGUCACCAGACUUGUCGCCAACCUUCUUUCUGAAUUGAACUUGAAUGUACGGGAAAUCCAUUCAAGAAAGCCACAGAGUUACAGAACCAGGAUAUCUGAUGAAUUUCGGAAGUCAAAAGGUCUUAUUCUUGUGACCUCUGAUGUAUCUGCACGUGGAGUUGAUUAUCCAGAUGUUACACUCGUUGUACAGCUCGGCCUGCCAUCUGAUAGAGAACAGUAUAUUCAUCGACUGGGUAGAACUGGCCGUAGAGGGAAAGAAGGGCAGGGCAUCUUGUUGCUGGCACCUUGGGAGGAUUCCUUCUUAUCCAGUGUUAAGGAUUUGCCAAUAGAAAAGGCUUCAACACCUUCAAUUGACCCAGAUGCAAUGAAGAAAGUUGAAAGGGCGCUAUCUCAAGUAGAGAUGAAGAACAAAGAAGCAGCAUACCAAGCAUGGCUUGGCUACUACAAUUCUAGUAAGAAUGUGGGGCGGGACAAGUGCCGCCUUGUGGAGCUUGCUAAUGAGUUCAGCAGGAGUAUGGGGCUUGACAACCCUCCAGCUAUACCGAAAAUGAUCCUUGGAAAAAUGGGUCUCAGAAAUGUCCCUGGUCUUCGCACUAAAUAGUUUUGUGGACUUGACACACCCAUGUCAAGAAAAUUAUGACUCGGGAGAGUUACUGGCGAGUUAAUCCGAGUCAAGGCUAACUUAUUAUAUAUGCUAAUUUUCUCCAGUAAUUAGUGAGAUGUCACAAUGGUGCGCUGGCCUUCUUUUCACAUUUCAGAACAUAGUAUUUUCAUUGAUGCUUCAAUUUCUUGCAUAGAUUGGUCCUUGUUUUUGCUUUCUAUGUUACUUGUUCAUCAAGUUCAAUGAUAUUUUCUUCUCCCCUCAUUCUCUUGGAUUGCAGUUGAGGGAGAUCAAUAUCUAUGCUACAAUUGUUUCUUUUUGGAAGAACACCAAGUUUCUACA